CCGUAUUAUAGAAGAAGAAGAGUGAAAAAAGGCUAUUUCAGUUUUAUUAGAAAACUCAUGCAAUAUAUAAUAAUUUAAGAAUUUCAAUUUCGUCCAUUUAAAAAGCACACUACUUCAUUCCGAUACACAAUCCAUCCAACCCAAUGAAUUUAUAUUCGUUUAUCAGCAAACCCAGCACAUUCCCUAAACAAUUAUGAAUCGGUUCAUCUUCAUCUCCCAGUCUCAACACCCCUUUCUCUUUGCUAUCCUAUUCUUUGGAACUUCUUUAGUUAAUACUCCGUGUAAUUUUUAGAUUCAUAAUAUGAUUCACUGUGAAAUCUUAAUAUGUAUGUUAAUCAUAUUAUAAGAUGUGUAGGACUUGGUUAUCUUGUUUAUAUCUUUGGAGUUUUAUUUAUCUUUUCUAGUUUUUUAAUUUUUACGAAGGUGUUGAAGUAGGUAAUGAACUGGUUAUCUUUGGACUUGGUUAUCUUGUUUAUAUUCGUUUAAUUUUUAUUUUCUUACGCCGCAGGUCCGCUCGCAGCUCGCCCGCUCCUCCGCUUGCAUCGCUGGAGUCCACACCUCCCCUUCUGCUUCUCCUGAUCGCCUGCUCUGCUGCGCAGCUUCUCAGGAGUCUCGACUCUGGUGGCCGACUGGAAUUAACAAAACAGUUCCAUUGAGAGUUCUGGAAAUCACAUUUCCACGUUCUAGCCCACUCAAUGUUAGAUAACCGCUUCCUGAGGUGAUAUAAAUAACAGCAACUUCAGAAUCUAAUGAUACAUCCAUGCCCGAUCAUAAGUCUCUUCCAGAGUUUCCACUACAACAGGAACAUGUUCUUCAACGAAAUCUUUGAGCUCAGCCUCAUUCAAGAAAAGCAGAGGACUGAGAACGAGGCUUAUCCGUUCUUAUGAUUUGCUAGCGUUCAACAAGAAUUAUACAAACUAUUUGGAAUGAUUAUGAGGUUCAGCGAAGCCUCCCUUGGAGUUAGUCUGAAAGAAUGCCCAUGAAAAGGUUGAGAAAAGCAAAUAUUAGAAUUGAUCCAUUUCAGCGUGAGCAGAGUUAAAGUGUAACACUUAAUUGAUUGAGCCUAAGCAUUAUGAAGUUUACAUGUUUGAGCAAGGGUCAGGGUUAUCAUUUCCCUCCAUGCCACUUUCUCAAUGUUGGUGGCUUCCAGGUGUUAUUUGAUUGCCCUUUGGACCUUUCAUCUCUUUCAAUUUUCUCUCCACUGCCAACUGAUCCAGCUUUCUUGAGUGAUGGCACAAGUUUAAUACAUGCAGAACCGUGGUAUAAAACUGUUGAAAGGCUAAACCUUAUAAAUAAAUCCUUCAUAGAUGUUGUGUUGAUCACAAGUCCAAUGGGCUUACUUGGGCUACCAUAUCUCACUCGUGAAAAAGACUUUUCUGCAAAGAUUUAUGCAACAGAAGCUGCUGCUAGACUUGGUCAACUAAUAAUGCAGGACCUUGUUGCUAUCCAUAUGGAGAUGAGACAAUUCUAUGGGGUCGAAGAGGCUUGUUUCCCAGAGUUGAUGAAUUGGGAAAAACUUGAGUUGCUUCCCUUAGAACUAAAGGAGUUUGUUUUGGGCAAGCAUGCAACAGGUCUUGCUGGGUGGAUGCAAUUGUACAGACCUUUUUAGUGCGGCUGAAGUCAAGAGUUGCAUAGACAAGGUUCAUUGUCUUAAAUACGCUGAAGAAUCCUGCUACAAUGGAACCUUAACCUUAAAAGCAUUCAGUUCUGGUGUAGAAGUUGGUGCUUGUAAUUGGACCAUCGUCAGCCCAAAAGGAAGCAUCACAUAUCUUUCAGGAUCUAUUUUUUCUUCAGAAACUGCAAUGAGUUUUGAUUACAUUUCACUUCAGAAAAGUGAUGUGUUGUUAUACUCUGGCUAUGCACCUUCAGAUAUUGACAAUGUGGAUGGUGACAACUGUGUCUCCUCUCCAGCUAAGAACGAUUCCUCCUAUCCAAGUGGCAGUGACAUGUUCAUGGAAGACACAGAAAAGUAUUUGCUUGAUCCUAGUGAGUACAAUGAAGAGACGGAAAAAAUGAAUUUUCUUUGUUCAUGCGUUUUGGACUCUGUUAAUGCCGGAGGAUCAGUGCUUAUCCCCAUUGGACGCCCGGGUAUCAUGUUGCAGCUGCUGGAGAAUGUGGGGCUUUCUUUAGAGUCUUCAAAUUUGAAGGUUCCCAUGUUUUUUGUUUCUUCUGUAGCUAAAGAGUUAUUGGCCUUUUCUAAUGUUAUACCAGAAUGGCUGUGCAAGCGUAAACAGGACAAGUUAUAUGCUGGUCAACCUCUAUUUUCUCAUGUUGAGCUGCUGAAUUCCAAAAGGCUGCAUGUGUUUCCUGAAAUUCAUUCUUCCAAAUUACUAAAAAUUUGGCAGGAACCGUGUGUAAUAUUUUGUCCACAUUGGAGUCUGCGAUUGGGACCUGUUGUUCAUUUACUUCGCCGCUGGUGUACAAAUUCGGAUUCUUUACUUGUUAUGGAGGAAGGAGUUGAUAUUGAUUUGGCUGUUUUGCCUUUCAAGCCAAUGGAAAUGAAAGUCCUAAAAUGCUCAUUUCUAUCUGGAAUAAAGUAAGCCUAAAGAAAGCUCCAUAUCUGCUGAAAACACUGCAACCAAAGCAUGUUCUGCUUCCGGAAGAUAUGAGGCCACAUUUUAGCCAUUUGGGCCACUCUUAUUCCGUUAGCUAUUUCUCUGAAAACGAGACACUUGUAGUACCCAAGUCAAAGCAGCAGGGUUCAGAAUUGUGCAUUGAUGUAGACCUGGCUUCACAGCUCCUCUGUUACGCACAGCCUAUGCAAGAAGGCGAUAAGGAAAUGGCAAGGCUAAAGGGGGAGUUGUUCUUGGAGGGUGGCAGGUAUCGGUUGGGCUUUGGAAGUGAUAGAACAGCGUCUUCUUCACAACGUAGACCAUUGGUUUGUUGGGGAAGAAUCAACCCGGAGUCACUUGUGGCCGCUUUGCAAAAGAUGGGAAUCAACACAGCUACUAAUACGGCUAACACUACUACUACUACUUUGUUAAAAGUCUCAGAAGAGCAGAAUGAAGCAUUGAUUGAAAUUGCAGAAGAUAAAACCAUCAUCAUUGCUGCGGAUGAGGAUUUCACAUCCCGGAUAUCCAAUUCCAUUUGUAGCAUGUUACAAAGCAUUUAAAAAGGAUUACUUUUGGUAGGAUUAGAGAAGAAUCAUGUGAUACUGAACUCAAGUUCUCCUCAUUUUAGAUACUGGAAAUCAUUAAUCGUUCUACCUGGUUAAUUGUUUUGUUCUGAACCCGUUUGGUGAUAUAAUCUCUAAAAGCAUAUUUUUCGAUUUAUACAUAGUAUAUGUUUUUAUUUAUUUAUUC